AGGAGUUGACGGCAGCAAUGCGUCACACAAGUCGCAUGUACACCACCAUAGGGCACCUGUUUGCUGCUCAGCCCAAGCUGGAUAUUAAGCCUUAUGCUGAUUUCAUAAAGCAUUAUGAGGGCUUACUUAUGUCAAUACCUGAUAUGAUUAGUUUCCACAAGGACACAACAUCGAAAGAUGAAGACUGCCAAUUGGAACUCAAAGAUGGAAAAAUCAGCAGUGGUAAUGCUGACCAAGUUCAUAGAAGAGCACAAGUUGUAACCUAUGCAUUGAUGGCUGAAAUGAAUCAUUUUCACAAGCUGAAGACAGAAGAUUUUAAGACAGCCCUUGAAGCUUUCUUAGAAAAGCAGAUAGCUUUCUUUAAACAGAUCCCGCCAAAGUUGGAAGAGGCAAGAGCUGUCUACCAAUCUAUUGGGACAUAUAUGUAGCCUCAAGAGCCACUCUACAUACUCUAGUCAGAGAAGAUUUUUAUGAAAGGCUAUUGUAGCAAUAAGCUCUUGUAAGCAGUAUGUUAGUGGCUGUCUAAAUCCUGGUUUCUAUAAAAUCAUUACACAGUUGCUAUAGCCUGACACCAUCAGUAAAGCUCCCCCAAUUCAUCGCAAAUCAAUGAAGUUGAAUCAGGUUAAACCUUCUUAAUUUGUCAAUAACAAAUCGUACCACUGACCAACCAUCUACCAAAUUCACUAAUAAGCAAUCAGUAUAGCUGCGCAUCAUACACUAGUGGAAAUUAUUAUACAAAGGUAAAAUUAAUGCUUAAAAACAACAUUUUUAAUGCAUUAAUCUAACCUAAGUAUCAUUAAUUCCCUCUAGUGUAUAGAUAAGCACUAUACUAAUUCCUUUAUAAGUCAUUUGCUAUCUUUUAAUGUUAGUUUUGAAACUGUUGUAGUAGUCACCAACUGCUAUAUCCUGUAAUGAUAUAACUAGUGCAUCUGUGCACGUAUGUAUAUUUAGCUAUGCAUAUUUGUUGCUGCAGUUCACGCACACUACAGUAUGAUGAAUGCAUAUUUCUUUGUCAUGAGUUUACUAUUAUUAUAGACCUUCGUCAGAGCUUUUCAGAUACAGUGCUACACUAAUACAGUAAUACAUUUUUUGGUCGGUGCUAACAGGUAAAAUCGUGUGAUGGUUUCUUGUAGGCUAUGGCCUACGCCUUGUGGCCUACCCAUUGAGUCUUCAAAAAUAAGCCUAUAUAGGCCUUAAAGUUCUAAAGAAUUCCUUAAUUCAGGUGUAUCAAUCAGCUACUGUACAGUACUGUAUAUCUCUUGUUUGUAUUGGUCAUCAAGACAGCAGAUGACAACCCUGGGUAGGAGGGGGGGGGGGAACAUGCCUUUGAUUGGAAACAUAUAUUUAUUCAGAGUUUAUUCUGUCACUGCUCCCAUGUAAUAUAUGCCACAAGGGUUGCCACUAAUAAAUAAAAUACAGUAAAGUGCUUCAGUAUAAUAUGAUGUAUGAUCAGUUCAGGCUUCCACAGCUCCAACAGUAUUCUAAUGUAAGUAAACUAAACCUAUUGAUAUUUGCCAUCCAUACUUAUAAUGUGUUGGUGUUUAAUCCACUUGUUUAAUCAUUGAAAAAUUCAAAAUGUUCAGUUCAUUUCAAGAAUGUUACAUUUCUAUAAUUCAUUAAGAUAAAAAACUCAAAGUAAUUGUUAAGAAAAUGUUAGAAAUUAUAGUAAAAGUAAAUCAAGAAAUGGUGUGGUCUGUUCAGUGUAGAACAUUAUGCAAGCUUCCAACAGAAAUAUUAUUUUUUAUAAUUUAUACCCUUUAGAUUUAAUUACAGUUGAACGUGCCCAAGUCGAAUCCAAAAUGGCAUUGAAAAAUUGUUCAACUUAUACCCAUUUCACACUAGCAGAAAAUGUUACAACUUUUAACAAUUAUUAACAAGUUGUAACAAGUUUGAUAUUCCGAGAUUUUUUGUUCGUUUCACACAUGCACUUUCAAACCAUGAGAAAUCUCGGGAAAACUCGGAAGAAUAAUGACUAGGCCUAGAGGUAGGUUGUCCAAAUUACAUAUUAACUACUAAACUAGGCCUGGUACCGAAUUAACAAGAUUAUAAUUAUUCCAUGGUCCUUAGCCUUCGGAGAGUAAAACGAAUUCAACUCCUAGCUCACUUGCUGUAGUCGAGCUGGCGAGAAAGAUAGGCCUAGGCUAGCUAGGCGCAGUCGGGCCGCCGACACUGCCAUUCGUUCGAACUAAAAAAAAAAACACAGCCCGCGAAAAGGUCAAAUAGGGGCAUGCGCAACAACAACUCGGAAGAUUUCGGGGAAAAAACAGGUCUCGCGAUGGUCUGUUUUUGUUCCGAGAUAACUCGGGGGACCCCUGUGAAAGCUCGGAAAGUUUUACAAGGAUUUGCUUUCAUACUCAUCCAAACCUGGUUACAACUUGUUAAUAUUUGCAAAAUAGCAUCAGUGUGAAAUGGGUAUUAGAUAUAAUUUGACUUACAGAUCAUUAGUGCAAACACAACAAUUUGGCAUGUAUAUAGUUUAACUGUACAUCAAUUUUCAAAAACCUUGUUAAAUUUACCAGGGGUAGCGCCAGUGGGGGUGCACCAUGGAUUGAUUAAAUAAGCCUUUCAAUCCCUAAAUUUUCAUAUUUUUUCGUGGGCUUCACCCUCUUGAAACACUUUCGCGAUGGUGAAAUAUACACUUGUAAAACAUGUUUCUGAGAGCAAUUCAGCAGCUGUAGGUUGUAGCACAAUUCAAGAAGCAAAGCUUUGAAAUAACUGAUAGUUAUUUAUUUUGAAAUUUAAUAAUUUAGUAUCAUGUAAUUAUUUAUUUGUUAGAGGAAGUAUAAACAAUGAGUGUGUGUAUAGGUGAUGUAUUCAAUUAUUCAACAGCAGAUUGUUAUCCUAAGUACCAGAUCACUCAACAGACAGACCAAAUCUAAGGAACUUCAGCUUUGAAGAUUCUUAUAUUAUUCUUAUAUGUAUUUUAAACUGAAAAUAACAUUAUUUUUCAUAUUAGAAUAAUCUAUUUUGAGGAGUGGCGGCUCUAGGAUAUAUAUUUUUUUUGAAGGGGGAGGGGGAGGGCUAACUCUCCGAUGGAGACAUGAGCCAAGGGAUCCCCCUCCCAAAUGAGAUUUUUUAAAGAAUGGGAACCUCUGUAUGGUCAGAAAUGGCACCCUUAGACUGUGACAGACAUGUGUUGGCUUGAUGUGGGCCUAUUUUUAUGUUUUUUAUGGUCUGGCUGCCCGAUGAGCUCUGUCCAAAAGGGGGGGGGGGGGCCUUAUGCCCACUGGCACCGACACUGAUUUUGAGUAAUUAAAAUUAUCUACUUUUGAAUAAUAACAAUCUACAACUUCUAUCGAAUUACUUUUUAAAUUGAAAAUAACAUUGUUAUUUUAAAUUGUAUAAAAUUGAUAGCAUAUUAGUUACACUACAAUUAUAAAUAAAUAUAGUAAUUAUUAUCAUAAGGUUGAGGGAUGUAGUUGCUUCUAGUUGACAGAAUUUUCAACCUAGACUCUGUUUUUGUUUGUUUUUUAUUGAUAUUGUAGUUUGCUUUGUGUCAGUAUUCAAACAUUAUUACCUUGAUUGCAGCAUUUGUUAUAAAAUACAAUUUAUACAUUACAUUUAUCUGCACCAGGCAUUUAUUUACAACACAAAAUAUAAUGAAAUAGCAAAUUGUUUUUUUUCUAGUAAUCCAUGUAAUCUUGCACGAUCGGUUUCUAAUCAAAAACCUUUCUAUAAUGUAUUGAUAGUGGAUGUGUGCAUUUAAAGCUGUACAAUUGUAUAAAUUGCUUUUGCAGUACUGAAAUUAAUGUACAAUGACAUGUAUAAAGUCGGUCGAGAAGUAUAUUUUAAGAUAUUUAGGAGUUCACACUACUUUUUGUAAUCGUAUACUACUGUACCUGUUAAUCAGUCUUUUUCAAUAUCCCUGCCAGUACCUUUGAUAAUACUCCCUCACAGGUUCCCACCAUUACCCCUUGUGUCCCAAAGAAGUAAGACCACUGUGUUUACAGUAUAGUGUUAGUUGGUACCAUCAUGGUUACACUGUAAGCAGCACCCCCUGCAGACUUUACUCACAAUACUGUACGUUAUUCUUUACAUUGAAUGUUAUGAGAGCUUCAAGCAACUUAAAAAAAUGACCUUGAAUAUAUAAUGCAAGAAUGAUUUCUUGGGACUUCUUCAAAUAGAAUUUUAAUGUAGUAUAUUAUGAUGAUUAUCAUCAGCAUGUUAUAUUUUUACUGGAUUGUUGAAUAUAAUUCUACUUGUGUGUGUGUACAUUAUUUGUUUCGUUGUGCUUUUUUUCAAUAUCAUUUACACAGCAAAUGUUGUAGUCAGUAGUACACAGUAACAAUACAAAGUUAAUAGUUAUAAAUCAAGUGUCAGUUCAGUUGUGAGUGUGUAUAAUACAACUCCCAUUACCCAUAAUGAAAUA